CCGCAGUCCUUAACUAGACAACUGGCAGAUUGAGAGUACUUAACUCAGACAAUCUCACAUCCAGUACGGCUCGGACCAACAACCUCUGCCGAUCCAUGAACGCCUCAAUUGGUCAGGGUGUAUGAUCAAGGAAGGGAAAAUCAUUAAUUACAGAGUAGGUAAGAAUGAUAGCAAAAUGAGUAGGAAUAUAAAUACAUUUGUUAGCGUGCUGUGUAGUCCUCCUGGCGCUGUGGCAGCUGUGGCAGUUGUAGUAGUUGCAUGCGCUCUGAGGUUAAGUAGGCUGAAGAUCAACAGCAGGGUCACAGCACCUAUUGUUCAAAUGGAAGGCCUCGAUGCAGAGAAAUCCUCCCUUGCUCGGAUGAAGCUGGAUUAUUCUCCUGCCAGGAAAAGAGUCAGGCAGGCAUUUAUUCAAGUUCAGCAGAAUCUGGAUCAUUGCCUCUUUAAGAUGGUGAAGUCUGGAGUAAAGACUGAGGAGAAGUAUGAAAUAAACUCAAGAGGCCUAGAAAUUUUCACCAAAAGUUGGCUCCCAGAGGUUGGUCCAUUGAAGGCCAUUAUCUUUUUUUGCCAUGGAUAUGGGGAUACAUGUACCUUCUUUUUUGAAGGAAUUGCCAAGAAACUUGCAGUGUCCGGAUAUGGUGUAUUUGCAAUGGAUUAUCCAGGAUUUGGCCUUUCAGAAGGUCUCCAUUGUUAUAUCCGAAGUUUUGAUAGACUCGUGGAUGAUGUUAUUGAACAAUUUUCCAAAAUCAGAGCCAAGCCAGAAUACAAGGAUCUUCCGUGUUUUCUUUUCGGACAGUCCUUAGGAGGAGCAGUGGCCCUAAAGAUCCAUCUGAAGCAACCUCAAGUAUGGGAUGGAGCUGUUCUAGUUGCCCCUAUGUGCAAACUUGCAGAUGAUGUUACUCCACCUUGGCUAAUGAUACAGAUUUUAUUGGUCAUAGCUCGCGUCUUUCCUAAAAAGAAAUUGGUUCCUCAGAAAGACUUAGCAGAGUUGGCAUUUAGAGACUUAAAAAAGAGAAAGCUGGCUGCUUACAAUGUAAUUGCCUACAAGGGCAAGCCACGACUCAGAACUGCUGUACAGAUGCUAAGGACUACACAAGAAAUAGAAAAAAGAAUGCAUGAAGUUUCUUUACCAUUAUUAAUUCUACAUGGAGCUGCUGAUAUUGUAACUGAUCCUUCUGUCAGCAAGGCUUUAUAUGAGAAGUCACGAAGUGUUGACAAACAACUGAAACUUUAUGAUAAUGCAUUUCAUGCUAUUCUAGAAGGCGAGUCAGAUGAGAGGAUUUACGAAGUCCUAGAUGAUAUUGUUUCUUGGCUUGAUGCACACUGUAAUACGAGGCAAAGGUAGAUGAUAGAAUUGUCUACCUCUUUGUAUGAUGUAAACGUUUCAUAUCCUAUUUGAUAAAAGUAAAUUAGUAAUUGCCCUUA